UCUGAAUGGGGCGUUUUCGUGAGUUUACUAUCGUUGGGCAGGAAAAAAAGCGCACUUCUAGCUCUUCGCGUUCAGGCCUUAAAUCCGUGGUAAUUGUUUUGCGUUUUAAAUAUGAACACCCAGACUCAUCACGGCAGCAGCAACCAGUCAUUUCUUCCCUUCAUGUCCAACGGCUACACUCUGCCAGAGGGACAAGUGACUCCCAAUGCCAUCUUUGUUGGCGGCAUCGAUACAGGGACGACCCUAACUGAAAUGAAGGACUUCUUUUCGCAAUACGGUCCAAUCAAGGAUGUGAAAAUCAUCACAUAUCGCGGAGGAUUCAGCAAAGGCUAUGGAUUUGUGUACUUUACUGAAAAUGUCGACGUCAAGCCAAUUCUUGAGCAACGUAUCUUUUGGAAAGGAAAAGCACUCAAGCUGGGCCCCGCAAUCAUCAAGCGGAAGUCUUGUCGGAUGAGAACAUCUCAAGUGAUAACACUUGAGCCUUGGAGCCCAUCCCAGGUUGUCAUCUGCUCUUGCUGUUCAUCCAGUGUCGGGAGCGUGAACCAGUCGUCAACCUUGUUUGGUAGUGGCACCAACUACUUUCCAUCAUAUACCCAAGUACAAUCCGAAUUUGGAAACCAUAUGCAGCAACAGAUGGGAGUGAAUUCUCAGACUGCGUACACCUACGAGUACUCUGCGCCCUACUGGACAACUGGUCAAAGAACACGGACUCGCACUCACAACUUUGUGCACUGCGGCGCUCAAACCGCACUGCAGUUCCAGCAGCUUCUGACACCACACCAGGCUACAGGACUUCAGAUUACGGAUUAGACGACACUUCAACUUUGCCCAUCCCCCUUAGACAUUUUCUUUGCUCCAUAUGCUUGGCUUCCGAGGCCAAUUUUAAUUUUCUAAUCCCAUCCCUUGAAACCGGUCGAAACCACUAACCUCAGUCUCCCAGAAAAGUAUUAGGAGGAAGAGCAGAGCGCUCUCAUCGUACCAGCUUGUUUGGUAAUUGCCCAACCAAAAAGGAAAAAACAUUUUAAGAUCACCUUUUGUACCUUUUUAUACAUUUUAUGUUGUGUUUUUUAUUUCUUUUUUAAGGCAUUGAUGCUCUGUCCAACAAAUACAAAAAAAGAUGUAAAUAUGGUUACAAUAGCUUGAUCACAAUGUAGUUUUAAAAAAAAAUAACACUUAGGCGAUUUUUGUUGUUGUUGUUAUGCCCACGUUGUUUGUUCUGGAAUUUCAUUUGAACCUCGGGUAAAGGUGAGCACUGGUAAGGCAACAGUCACAUUUUGUACAUCUAAACCACAUCACUCUGCCCAUUAUAUGGCAGUGUCGAUCACUCGCCAACUUGUUUCAAGUUUAAAAAGGACCUGAAACUGCUUUGACAAUGGAUACCAUUUGAAGUGAUUUUUGGGGGGUGAAAAAUAACUCAUCCACGACUCACCAGAUUCUUCAUGCUUCAGGAUUCAUCCAGAUGCAAGUCAUUUUCUUUCCUUUUCUCUGUUUGAUUUUUUUUUUAAUACUUGGUAAGUUUGAAUACCAGCACUGCCUUAUUUGCGUUGCACAUUUGAUGGGUUUUCAAUUUCUACUGCAUUUGUCUGGAUUGUUGUCAUGUAGUUGGUUUAAGGCUACGUUAGUGUGUUUGUUUAAGGCUAUGUUAGUGGGUUUGUUUAUGGCUUUGUUAGUGGGGUUAUGUUAGGUCUUGUUCACUGUUCCCCAAAAACAACUGACUGUUUUAUUCAGCAUUCCCGCUCAUGCACUGUUCAUACUUGUGUUCUAUGUGUUUGGAUAAACAAAACACAUCAAAGUUCAA